GCGGGCUGGGAAGCGUUUCCGGAAGGCUGGCCGCAUCCCACAGCGGGCUACGGGCGCCUCCGGGGCGGACGGUGAGGUGCGGCGCGGCGCGGAGCGGAACGGAACGGAACGGAACGGAACGGAACAGAACAGAAUAGAAUAGAGCGGAGCGGAGCGCCGGGCAGCUUGUCUGAUUUCUGCAGCAAUCUGAAAGGGUGCUGGUGUCCAGGACUCCAAGACUUGGUACUCUGUUACAUAUUUUUCACCAACGAGCUGGGGAAAUUCAGCGUUUGGACCUGCACUCUGAGAGCAACUGACAGCGUGCGGUAAUGUGCUGACUGGCACUAUGGGCAGGCGGUACCCGGGGGCUCACUAUCGGCCAAGCAGCUCAUUCGAUUCCGGUGUGGACGCGUUGGCAGUGUUUAUGGCAAGCGGCAGCACGACGGACGUUGUGAACCGCAACAGCCCCGCCACGCCACCAAACACACUCAACCUCCGCUCCUCUCACAAUGAACUUCUGAACGCAGAGAUCAGGCACACGGAGACCAAGAACAGCACUCCCCCAAAAUGCAGGAAAAAAUACGCGCUGACUAACAUUCAGACAGCCAUGGGGCUUUCCGAUCCAGCAGCGCAGCCCCUUCUGGGGAACAGCUCUGCCAAUAUAAAGCUGGUGAAGAAUGGGGAAAACCAGCUCAGGAAAGCUGCUGAGCAGGGACAGCAGGAUCCCAACAAAAACCUCAGUACCACUGCGGGCAUAAAUGUAACUUCUGAGAAGUUUGAAGGCAAAGAGCUGAUCCCGCAGGAUUCCUCUGGCUGUGAAAUAUUACCCUCGCAGCCGAGGAGAACCAAGAGCUUCCUGAAUUACUAUGCAGAUCUGGAGACAUCUGCUAGAGAGCUAGAGCAGAGUUUUGUUGUGAUGGAAGAUAAAUCUGCACAAAGCAACAGCCAGGCUUCUACUGUUAUUGUCAAUGGGGAAGUUCUGCCCCGGCAGCAAAAUAAGGUGUCGAGCCCAGAGGAUGGCCAAGGUGCCACUGUGUCAUCGAGCCCCGAGACUAAGAAGGACCACCCAAAAACUGGGGCCAAAACAGAUUGCGCUCUCCACAGGAUUCAAAACCUGGCUCCAAGUGAUGAGGACUCCAGCUGGACUACGCUGUCCCAGGACAGUGCCUCGCCGAGCUCGCCUGAUGAAACAGCAGAUAUCUGGAGUGAUCAUUCAUUUCAGACAGACCCAGAUUUACCACCUGGCUGGAAAAAAAUCAAUGACAUUGCUGGGAUCUACUACUGGCACAUACCAACAGGAACAACUCAAUGGCAGCGUCCCGUGUCUAUCCCCACAGAUCUCCAGGGCUCACGAAAAGGAUCACUUGGUUCCAUUACUCCAUCUCCUACUCCAGAAACUGAGAAACAGCCAUGGAGUGAUUUUGCUGUACUGAAUGGGGGAAAGAUUAAUAGUGACAUUUGGAAGGAUCUGCAUGCAGCCACUGUGAACCCAGACCCAAGUCUGAAAGAAUUUGAAGGAGCAACGUUACGCUAUGCCUCUUUGAAGCUCAGAAAUGGUCCACAAUCUGAUGAUGAUGAUUCUUGUAGCAUCAACAGUGAUCCAGAAGCCAAGUGCUUUGCUGUGCGAUCUCUGGGUUGGGUAGAAAUGGCAGAAGAAGACCUUGCUCCUGGAAAAAGCAGCGUUGCUGUGAACAAUUGCAUCAGACAACUCUCUUACUGUAAAAACGACAUCAGAGACACUGUUGGCAUUUGGGGAGAGGGCAAAGACAUGUACCUUAUAUUGGAAAAUGACAUGCUGAACCUGAUUGACCCCAUGGACCGGACAGUUCUCCAUUCACAGCCCAUUGUGAGCAUCAGAGUCUGGGGUGUGGGGCGUGACAAUGGCCGAGACUUUGCUUAUGUGGCAAGAGAUAAAGACACAAGAAUCCUGAAAUGUCAUGUGUUUCGAUGUGACACACCCGCCAAAGCCAUCGCCACGAGUUUACACGAAAUCUGCUCAAAGAUUAUGGCUGAACGGAAGAAUGCUAAAGCUAUGGCUUGCAGCUCCUUGCAGGAGAGGGCAAAUGUCACCCUUGAUGUUCCUCUGCAAGUAGAUUUCCCAACUCCAAAGACAGAACUGGUACAGAAGUUCCACGUCCAGUACCUGGGCAUGCUACCUGUAGCUAAACCUGUGGGAAUGGAUACUCUGAACACCGCCAUUGAAAGCCUAAUGGCUUCCUCCAGCAAAGAAGACUGGAUGCCAGUUACCAUGAAUGUUGCUGAUGCUACUGUCACGGUCAUCAAUGAAAGAAAUGAAGAGGAAGUGCUAGUGGAGUGUCGUGUGCGGUUCCUGUCCUUCAUGGGCGUUGGCAAAGACGUGCACACGUUCGCCUUCAUUAUGGACACAGGAAACCAGCAUUUUGAGUGCCACGUCUUUUGGUGUGAGCCAAAUGCAGGCAACGUGUCAGAAGCCGUUCAGGCUGCUUGUAUGUUACGGUAUCAGAAGUGCUUAGUAGCCAGACCUCCUUCGCAGAAAGUCCGCCCACCCCCGCCUCCCGCAGACUCGGUGACCAGAAGAGUUACAACCAAUGUAAAAAAAGGAGUGUUGUCCCUCAUUGACACUUUGAAACAGAAACGCCCAGUCUCUGAGAUGCCAUAGCUGCACGAGAGGGAAGAUUCUCCCGGCGUUCACCUGAAGGUAACAGUAGCUACAGUAAGGAAACCGAACUGACGAUGUCUGGCCUUCCAUUUCAAAUUGCUGAUGCUUUGUCUUCAGAGAAUAUACCCCUAUCGAAACAAUGUUAGACAAGCAUGUUCUCUCGUUCUUGCCACCGUCGUGUGAUAUGAAAAGAAGCAUGAAUAAUUUUUUUGCUGUCGGUGAGUUACAUCAUGAGCGAUGGAAGGUCUGUUUGAUUGUAAAUACGUGAACAUUACCUAAACUCACACGACAAAAGAACAUGGCCGCAUCCCUCCCAGCGAACUCGUGCUAAAGUCCUUGGAGUGAAUGAUGCCCGAGUUGGUAGUUUCACCGUCUUGAGCUGGAUUUGUCACAAACCCAUCUUAAAUCCUACAGCACUUGGCUCUGUUUUCAGCACUGGAGUAGGUACCAAGUAUUAGCUACCAUUGAAUUACUAUAGAUGAAAUACUAAGUUUUAUUUUUUACAGAAAGACACCUGUUAGUUUUUAAUCGUUUGUCAGCACUGGUCAUCAGCCACCACUUUAACCUCUCCCUGACAUGCUCCUGAAUCAUGGUGUCAUGAUUUUGUCUCCUGGUUAUACAUUACGAAUCUCCGAGAAGAACCCCAAACCAAUGCUGAAAAAUCCACAAGUGUUUUCCAUAAUUGAGUUGCAGGGUGAUCCACUGAAGCUUUUCAGUUUUGAACAUACAAAUGCAGCUGUUGGCUGUUAAAUUUAUUCUCCUUAAUCUGUCAUUAAUUCAUAAAAGAUACCAUUUGUUUCACACAGGGCUGAACCCAAUCAGGAGUAAGAAAGAACUAGUCAGCGAUGUCAUUGUCUUACAACUCUUGUAGAGACUAAAAUAUUCCAUAUCUUUUCCAUAUGAGCGUUGGAUAAAACGUUCAGUCCAGCGUCUGGUUGCACAGUUUCCCCUUCCCCUCAGCGUUUGUUGCUGAAUGCAUAACGUGCCACAAAAAGAACAGUCACCUUUCUUGUUAUUUACAGAAGUCCGUGACAUUUCUUUUACUUUUAAAGCUCUUGUGACAAAGUAAGAAGAGAGUUGUUGUUGAACAGGUCAGUGCUUCAGGUGACACGACGUGAUUUCAGUGCUUUUGCUCCCAAGGCUUCAUCCGUGUGCUCUGAUUUACGCGCCACUGCAGACCCUGUCCGGAUCAGCCCCGUACAGGUGUGCGAGCCCAUUUGCAAAUGCAGUCACGCACCUUGAGUCUCUCCGUUUGCCAUCUGCUGUCGAGACCUGCGGAUUGGUACCAGUUUUGGAAAUGGAACAUUAAAGAUGUUUUUAACUAGCAUUUUAAAUGUUUUGCCUCCAUUUAUAGGUAUGUUCCAAGCUGUCACUGUCUCCCAAGUCUGCAAAUCUGGUCAUACUGUAAUUUUAAGAAGCAAGGUUGCUAUCACAGACCUCGGGUUUUUAUUUUCACUAUGCAAGAGACUGUUACAAACAAUUUUCUUUUUGUUUCCUCGUUUUAAGAAACUAAUGGCAACACCUGGGCAAAGCAACUUAGGAACUCAAGGGGAAAGAAAACGAUGACUCAAGAAAUUUCUGUGUUGAAAAAUGCAGAAGAAUCACAAAACUAACCUCAGCAUGAUGCAGGAGCAAGCGCCAGGUGAAGGCAAGCUGUGCAGCCUUUGUAAUUAGCUGUAUCUCUCUAGGCUGCCCUCUGCAGAACCCCUUUCACAUGUGUCUGUGCCACGAUUGUGCAGCCCAGGUGCUGCAGCAGUUGUGCUGGCAAUCUAGACUUUUACUUUCUUUUGUUUUAAAUUACAGAAGAUACUUUGACGGUGUCUUUUUAAAAAAAGUUGCAUCUGGAAACACCAGGAUUUGGGAUUUGCAACCAUUCUGCAGCAGUGAAUUUUAAACAGUACAAUUAGGUUUUGUAUGUGCAUCUGCACAGUGCUGAUUCUCCCCAGGAGAGAUCCAAAUGCUCUUUGAUUAAACCAACACAUAGCAAACGGCAGCGUAAAGGCUCCUCUCCACCAGUGUUGCCCAGGCCGUUGAAGGCCUACUUACCUUUCACCAGCAAAGUGCCCAGUCGCAGGAAGGGUGAGGAGAAGCUGGAAAGACCUUUGAAAAGCCUUAGAGGUCACUUGCCAAUAUUAUGUUGUAAGAGUUUUGCGUCCAUGGACAAACCGUCGUUGAUUUUUGCAAGUAUUUUCGGUAGUGUCCUUAACGGUCUGACUAGAUGUGGCCUUUUUGCUUCAGUAGAGCUCCUCAUUCUCCAAAAGACUAAGUAUACAUGCAGGCGUUUGCAGGAUCAGAGCCUAACGUUGCGCAGCCUGUUGCCGUUGGUUAAACCACCGACCUGUUAAGACGCUCUUUUCAGCACGGCCACGGAAGCCCGUGCGGGGUGCGUGUCUGAGCAGCUGCUGCUGCAGUCGCUGUCCCGGCCACCCUUGGGUUACCUAUGCAGUUUUGUAGAACAGCCAGUGAUUCCGUAGGCAGGCAGCCGUGUUCGCUAUGCCUUGUAUGUCUCAUGCCAUAUUUUAAAUUAACCUGUUAAAUACAGCUUAAAAUAUUUUUUAUUUUAUUUAUUCUAUUUUUACUGAAACCUCCUGCAUUACCCUGUUGAUGUAUUGUCUCUACUGGAUGUGUAACGCUCCCCACUCUGUAUACUAGCGGUUGCCUGAGCAACGGCAGGCUGUGUGAUUAUUUGUAGUCACAUUUUUAUCUGAGUCUGUAGAAAAAUCAUGUAAAGCAAGGCUAAUUUCUUCCUUUGUUUCCAUGCAAGUACUAAGUCAGAGGUAAGUAUCACAUGUCAGUCAUGUCAUGAAUAUGCUCCCUUGCAGGCGGGAGGCAAUUUAUAUUCACAGUCAAGACUAAGAGAUAAAAGCCUUUCUUUGGAAAUCUGCAAUGCUGGCUGUAGGUUUUUAUUUAAGCCACUUACUGUUUCAUUUGCAGGGCAGCAGGGGCGGGUGGGAGAGAAAAGGCUCCAGCCAGCCACCUCUGGGCUGGUCAAACAGGAGUAACGAAAAUGGCGUGGAAGGGCGCAGAAUCCAUUCACGGUGAAAUAAGCCCAUGGUGUACUUGGUGCACAGCCCCCGGCACCCAUCCAAACAGCAGGCCCACGGUGACAGCAACAAAAGCUACGGGCUGUCUAACAGCUUCCGCCAGUCCCGCGUCACUCACAGUUCCACAUCCCUUUCAUUUGAUAAUUUUGACUGGGGACCUAAAAUUGUUAAUCACCCACAGGAAAAAAACUAAGAGGAGAACAUUGUAAUUAGAGUAAGUAGUGAGGGCUCAGCCUGCCAGCACUGGCAGCACUGGCAGCAGCGCCGCCCGGGCGCAGGGCUUCCCCAGCAGAGUUGGUAUUGCACCAGUGGCAGGAGAGAAGGAAAUGCACCCGCUGUGCAUUGGCACAGCUCAGUCUCACCUAAAGCACCCGGCUGACACUGGAAAGGACAGUUUUCCCUGCUGUUGACCAUUUCUCCACAUUUAAUUGUAAUCUGUUCUGAGAAUAAA